UUUGGGCUGUCCAGGGGCAGAUUUGGGCUGUCCUGGGGCAGGUUUGGGCUGUCCUGGGGCAGGUUUGGGCUGUCCAGGGGCAGAUUUGGGCUGUCCUGGGGCAGGUUUGGGCUGUCCUGGGCUCCAGCCCCGUGUCCGUGUGUCCAGCGCGUGCUCCUGGUGUCCGAGCCCUGCACCCUGGACAUCGACGGCGUCGUCUUCGGCCUCACCUCCACCGACCUCCUCUUCCACAUGGGGGCUGAGGAGAUCAGCAGCUCCUCGGGGAUCUCCGAUCGCUUCACGCGGAUCCUGCGGCACAUCCUGACCCAGCGCUGUUUUUACCCGCUGUUCCCGCCCUCGGAGGAGCUGAACGUUCACCUGGAGGCGCUGCCGGCGCUGCCCGUGACCCCGGACGUGCUGGUGACGCCCUCGGAGCUGCGCUUCUUCCUCAAGGACGUCCUGGGCUGUGUCUGCAUCAAUCCCGGGCGUCUGACCAAGGGCCGGGCCGGGGGCACCUACGGGCGGCUGCUGCUGCGGAGAGAGCGGCACCGGGAGAAUCCCGGGGAGAAUCCCGGGGAGAAUCCCGGGAAUGAGCCUGGGAACAGCCCUGGGGACAAUCCCAGGGAUAAAUCCGGGGAUAAUCCCGGGGAUAAUUCCGGGGAUAGUUCCGGGGCCGUUCCCGGGGCUGAGCCCCGGAGCAGCCCCUGCGUGGCCGCCCAGGUGGUGAGGAUCUGAGGCAGGAGCGGGAACUGGGGAGAAACUCCUGGAACUGGGGAGAAAACAUCUGGAAUUGGGGAGAAAACAACUGGAACUGGAGAGAAACUUCUGGAAUUGGGGUGAAACUCCUGGAAUUGGGGAGAAACUCCUGGAAUUGGGGAGAAAACAAUUCCUGGAACUGGGGAGAAAACUCCUGGAAUUGGGGUGAAAACAUCUGGAACUGGGGAGAAAACAUCUGGAAUUGAGGAGAAAACUGGAAUUGGGGUGAAAACAACUCCUGGAUUUGGGGUGAAACUCUUGGAACUGGGGAGAAAAUUCCUGGAAUUGGGGUGAAAACAUCUGGAAUUUUGGCGAAUCCCCCCAGUGUUUUGGCACACGCAGGAAUUUCACCCCGGGAAAAGGGAAUUUGGGAAUCCGGGCGCGGGAUCCUCCCCGUCCUGGCAUCACCCCUCACCCUCGUUAGAGAUUAAUUAACGCAAAACCAAUUAAUUACGGGCUCUGGAAAACACAAAGCUCCGGCUCUGACCCUUUUCCCAAACUUUUUGCCCCAAAUUUCCGACGACGAUGAAAAUGAAUUCCAGUUUUUGUCUCUCCCGGUGCCGUUUCCCGAGGGAUUUGGGGUUAAAAGCGGGGAAAUUGGGGCUGGGGAGGGAGAUUUUCCUCCUGACUGCAGCGUGUGGCUGGGAUUUUCCCAAAAAUCUCCUUUUUCAACCCAAAACUCCCCCUGGAGCAGCUGGGAAGUGCCAGGAUCCCCCUGGAUUUUCCCAUCCCGGAUCCUCCUCUGGUUUUUGCCAAAUUCCAUCGCUUUUCACCCCAAAAUAAAGAAUUUUU